AUGGAAGCCUUCAAGUCUGAAAACAACCUGGCCCACAAGGAGAAACCUGACGAGGGGCCGGUUUCUGUCACCAUCCCGGCCUCUCCCUUCAUGCAGAAGCUUGGAUCCGGCACCGGGGUCAACGUCUACUUGAUGAAAAGAUCUCCCAGAGGUUUGUCUCGCUCCCCUUGGGCUGUGAAGAAAAUUGUUUCCAAACAGAAGAGCAGCCAGCAAAGCAUCUAUCAGGAGAGACUGAACGAAGAAGCCAAAAUCUUGAAAAACCUCCAGCACCCAAACAUCGUGGGUUACCGUGCGUUCACCGAAGCCAGCGAUGGAAGCAUGUGUCUGGCCAUGGAGUACGGAGGAGAAAAAUCUCUCAAUAACUUAAUUGAUCUGAGAAGUGAAAACCGGUUGGGCCCUUUCCCUGCUGCCACGAUUUUCAAAGUUGCCUUGCACAUGGCGAGGGGGCUGAAGUAUCUUCACAACGACAAGAAGCUGCUCCACGGAGAUAUCAAAUCUUCAAAUGUGGUCAUUAAAGGCGAUUUUGAAGCCAUCAAGAUCUGUGACGUGGGAAUGUCCCUGCCCCUGGAUGAGAACAUGACCGUGAGCGAGCCGGACAUGUACUACGUGGGCACCGAGCCCUGGAAGCCCAAGGAGGCUCUGCAGGAUGACGGCGUGAUCACCGACAAGGCCGACAUCUUCGCUUUUGGGCUGACUCUCUGGGAGAUGAUGACCCUCGCCGUGCCCCACAUCUACCUGAGCGAUACCUUGGAUGACUGCUCAGAUGAAGAUUCCUUUGAAGACUUUGACGAGGAAGCAUAUUACGCAGCCCUGGGAACCCGCCCGGCCCUCAACAUGGAUGAACUGGAUUCAUCCUACCAGUAUGUGAUCGAUCUCUUCUCUGUCUGCACCAGCGAGGACCCCAAGAAGCGUCCCUCAGCCGCGUGCAUCGUGGAAGCCUUGGAGGCGACGAUGUCCCAGGAGUAA